GCACGUGGGGGGCGGCACUCGGGGCUCAUAGGCACCAGCGCCAGCUCAAGCACCAGCAGUGCACGGGCGGCCGCGGCGAGGGACGUAUCUGGAUACCCAACAGCGUGCACGUGCCGAACACAUUUCGACGGAGAAGACACUUUUUCUCCUCCAUCAUGUCUUGCAGAAGCACUAGUUGGCUCAUCUGCGUCUUUAUGGCAGUAGCCAUAGCAGCUGACUACAGUGGCUCGAAGUCCAGGACAGACUCGUCCACCGUGUCAGCAGUCGGUGAGGACGGGGAGACGGCGGCCGCGGACCUGGCUGCCCUGCUGGACGCGAGUAGCGGCGCUGUGGUGACUCUGGUGGCGGGCGAGACGCGCCUGGUGGCGCACAGGGCUGUCCUCGCCGCCAGGAGCCCCGUGUUAGCCGCCAUUUUUGCUCACGACGCGACGAAGGCCGGCGGCGGCCAGGUCAGCAUCGCGGACGUGGAGGGCCCGGCGCUGCGCCACCUCGUGGCCUACUGCUACACCCUCCGGGCCCCCCAGCUGCGCGGCACGGCCCACCAGCUGCUGGCCGCCGCCGACAAGUUCGGCUUGCCAGCUCUCAAGUCUGCCUGCGAGCAGCAGGUGGCCGCGCAGCUGUCCACGGAGACGGCGGCGGCCGCAGCUGUGGUCGCAGUCAGGCACGGCACUGACAGCCACAGGCAGGCCGUCGUGGCCUUCGUAAAGGCCCACCUGCUCCACGUGGUGGCCACCCGGGGUUGGGCAGAGGAGAUGCGAAACCACCCCGAGGACUUGCUCGAAGUGAUUCGGCUGAUGUCUCGUCUGUCAAACGAGACCGACUCUCCAGCCACUGGAGACAGCAGGGCCACGGCGGCUACCAGCUCCAGCGAGAGCAGCAGCACUCCCAUGGCAACCGCGCCACCAGUGGAAGCCGGCACCACUCCACCUCCUGGUGACGCUGAAGUCUCUCGCAUGAGCACUCCAGCCACUGAAGACAGCUGGGCGACGGCGGCCGGCACCUCCAGCGAGCAAAGCUGUACUCCCGUGGCAACUGCACCACCAGCCUGCCCCACUCCACCACCUAGUGACGCUGAAGUCUCUCGCAUGAGGAGACUUUCGGGAAGAGAGAAGGGCAGGAGGCUGCUGGAAGCUGCUCAGCAGUCACGAAUGUCAGAAAUGCGAGCCCUUGCUGGCUGCAGGUGCGGACGUAGGGGUGACGGACAGCGACGGUUGGACCGCCCUGCACUGGGUGGCAAGAAAUGGAGAGGUGGAUAUGGUCAAGUGUCUACUGGCUGCAGGGGCAAACGUCGAGGCCAGGGGUCAGUGGAAAUGGACCGCCCUGUUCUGGGCAGCACGACAGGGGCAGGUGGAGGUGGCGAAGACUUUGCUUUCCGCAGGGGCUGACCUGGGGGCGAGGGACAUGUGGCAGAACACGCCCCUGUUCCUGGCUGCAAUGACUGGACACACGGCUGCCGUGCGCUUUCUGGUGGCGUCCUGUGCCGACCCCAACGCCACGGAGGAGAAUGCGACGACUCCGCUGCACUGGGCAGCGUACAAUGGGCACGCAGAUGCAGCAGCUGCACUGUUGGAGGCAGGAGCCGACAAGGGGGCCAGGAAUAGAUUUGGCCGCACCCCUCGGGAUGAGGCCAGGAGAUGGAACGACCGGCAGCUGAUAAACAUGCUUAGCUGAAGCCAGCACUCCAGAAAAAUGUCUGUUGUGUAUAAACAUCUGCGUUUUUUUGAAAUAAAUUAUACAAAAAUA